AUGCCUCAAGGCGAGAAGAACUACGAUCCUCAAUUCACCCAGCAUGUCAUCGACACUUGCGGACCCAACACUAGCCCUCGCAUGAAGACCAUCUUCGCUGCGGCAAUGAAACAUUUACACAACUUUGCUAGAGAAAUCGAUCUUACACCCGAAGAAUGGUUAGCGGGCGUCCAGUUCUUCAACGAGACUGGCAAGAUCUGGGCAGAGUCCGAGGGCAAGAGAAAUGAGAUGCACAGAUUGUCCGACAUUGUUGGCCUAGAAUCCCUUGUCACAGAAAUCGCAAAUUACGUUCAAACCGACAACCCCGACUACUCACCAACCUCCGCCGCCAUCCUCGGUCCCUUCUGGUCACCAAACGCACCAUGGAGGACACUCGGCGACUCGAUCAUUCAAGACCCACACGAGGGAACAGUCACAUACAUGCACGGCAUUAUUCGGGACUUGAAGACACAAAAGCCAAUUCCUAAUGUGACUUUCGACAUGUGGCAAGCAAGCAGCAAUGGCAAAUACGACUUCCAAGACCCAGACAGCCAGUCCGACAACAACCUCCGCGGCAAGUACAAGACGGAUGAGAAUGGCGAGUAUAAGCUGUACUGCUUACGACCGACUGCCUACUCUCUACCUCAAGAUGGGCCCUCGUGGCAACUCCUGCAGGCGCUCGAUAGACAUCCCAUGCGACCAGCACAUAUUCACUUAAUGGUCACCCACGACGACUACAAGCCUGUCAUCACCCAGAUCUACCCCAAAGACGACCCAUGGCUUGCGACAGAUACUGUUUUCGCCGUGAAGGAUGAUUUGGUGGUUGACUUUGUGCCGAUCAAGGAUACACCGGCGGGUAUGAGUGAGCACAAGGGACCGGGUGGCAGGGCUACAAGAGAGUUGCAGCUGGAUAUCACAUUGGCGCCGAAGGGUAUGGCUGCUCACUCUGGGCCGAAGUUGUAA